GUAACCCAUACGUCACUUUCAUUUUUUUAAUAUUUUAACAUUGCCUCAUCAUGGCGUCGUUUGUGACUGAAGUACUCGCCAGUUCAGGCAAACUGGAGAAAGAGGACCUAGCCGGUAAAAUAAACAAAAUGUCGCGCAAAGUGGCUGAUGCAAAGGAAGAAUUAUGUGACAUGAUACAGAAAAGGUAUGUUGACUUCCUACCCAGUCUUCAAGUAUCUGUGGACCUGGUGGUGCAGGUUGAUGAGGUCUCCAAAGAAAUGGAUAUUCUGAAAACUUGUAUAGAGAAUGAGAUACAACAGAAUAUUCACCUGGCUGUGGCUGACUAUGAAAAUCUAAAGCAGCAGCUGGAGAAAAACACUAUCAUUAUAACAAUGUUGGGACAUUUAAAGGAGUUUGAUAAUGCAAUGGAAGACUCCAAUAAAGCUUUACAGGAGAAGCAGUAUGUUGAAGCAGCCAACCAUCUUGAAAGAGCCAGAUGCAGUUUAGAUUUAUUACUGGAUUGGAAAACAACCCACCUGCCACUGCUCAGUAACCUCAGUUCUGAGUUGAUUGUUCAGAGAGAAAACCUGAUUUACCAUCUGGGUGAUGAAUGGAAGCAGCUUGUCAUUUGGAGAUUACCAUCCCCAAAGGAGCCUGCUGAUGUCAAAACCUUGCUGAAGGUAGAGCUGAAUCUGAAACAUCCACGCAGUGAAGAUGAGGAACCAAAACCAUCUCCUUUGUUAUGCUCGGUUUUGCAAGCUCUGGCCAUCCAGGGAGACCUUCAGAACAAGAUGAAGCGCUUUAGUCAGGUGCUGGUGAAGAACAUGUUGAAGCCACUUGUGAUGCAUCCAUUGCUGUCAGUGAGGGUAAAAGAGCAGGAGGAUGAGGGAACUGUUCUGACCAUAGUGUGUGUAGAGCAGAGCCAGGAGAAAUCAGCUCCAUCACAGGUUUACAGCAAACUGCUCCUAGUGCUCAAGACCCUUCACUCACAUCUACUAGAUGUUUCCAUUAGGAAUAAAAAGCUCUCAGCCAUCCUGGGUGAACUGAUUUGGCCGGAAAUCUCUCAGUGCAUCAUCCGUGAGUGUCUGCUCAAUUCCAUCCCCACCAACGUCAGUCAGCUGGAGAAAUAUAACACUGUGAUUAAGGAAACAGAGGAGUUUGAGAAGUCUUUGAAAGACAUGGACUAUCUCCAGGGUGAUUCCACAGACCUGCUUAAGUACGCCAAGAAUGUCAACUGUCACUUUGCCAGCAGGAAAUGCAAGGAUGUUAUUGUGGCUGCUCGCAAACUCAUGACCUCACAGCUGCACAACACUGUCAAGAUCACACCAGACUCAAAGCUGCAACUUCCAAAGCUGCCAGUGCCAAAGUCAGAGUUGAAGGUGAAGCAGAAGACAAAGGAGGACGUCACGAUGGAGAACACAAAGCAACUGUCUGUCUGGAGUCUGUGCCUGCCAGCAUGUCGUGUCAGUGAGUUAGUGCAGCAGCUGAUGAAGCUGGCAAUCAACACUCUGCAUGAGGCUGUUGGAAGCUCCCCUCAGUGUGCUUUACAGCUAUUCUUCACCGUAAAGAACAUUUUCCAGCUGUUCUGUGACGUUGUACCCACAUAUCACAAGGAAAACCUGCUCAAGUUCCCUCAACUUGCUGCUAUUCAUCACAACAACUGCAUGUUCCUGGCUCACCACCUGCUCACACUCGGACAUUAUUUCAAAGCCCACUUGCCACAGCCACUCAACGAGGGGAUGGCCACGUUUGUCGACAUGGUUCCCGGGUUCAGGAAACUGGGUGCUCAGUGCUUUUUAGAUCAGAUGAAUGUGCAGAAAGCUGAACUGUUGGAGAGACUUUCCACUGCUCACAACUUCUGCAACCUGGAUGAUGAUGAUAAUUACACCGCAGCUAGCAGAGCCGUGAGACAGGUCAUUCAUCAGUUAAAACAACUGGGCACAGUGUGGCAGGAUGUGUUUCCAGUCAACAUCUAUUGCAAAGCCAUGGGCCACCUUCUCAACACUGCCAUUGCUGAAAUAAUUUCCAAAAUCAUGAUGCUAGAGGACAUUUCCUCUGAUGAGGGUGAACACCUAUACGGUCUUUGCCAAUUACUCAUCAAGGAAAGUCCUCUGGUUUUUAUGCCUUUGGCUGAGGAGGAAGAGAACAAGAAAUAUCAAGAGGAAGUUCACCUCUAUGUUAAGAAGUGGGGAACUUUUAAAGAGCUGGUGAUUGUGCUGAGGUCAAACCUGCAGGAGAUUGUUGACAGGUGGGCUGAUGGUAAAGGUCCACUUGCGUUGGAAUUUUCCAAUUCAGAGGUGAAGAAUCUGAUCCGAGCUCUGUUUCAGAACACGGACAGAAGAGCCGUCGCUCUUACCAAAAUCAGAUGAAUACAAAGACUUCAUGACCUUUUUUCAAAUUAAUGCAGCACACAAUUUUUUUCUCUUACAUAUUGUACACCUAAAUGUGCCACAAACUAGUAAAACUCCAUAAACAAAGUUGUCUCAAAACAUUUCUUUAUAAUUUUCUUUAAAUCUGAUUUGUUUUGCUUGGAUACUACUUGAUCAGCUCAGACCUCUAAUCCAAACGUAAUCAAUCUGUCAUGUUGGAGUGACUUCAAUUAGGGAUUACGCAGAGGUUUCUUUACAUCAGCUUCCUGCAGAUCCAAGUCAUAGAGCUGGUGGAUUUAUCAUGACAAAGCCAGCAGAGGUUGUGUAACCAGAGACGUGCCAUCUGUCAGCAUGUGAUGUCCAAGGAUCUAGUGUCCGUUUCUUUGACACUCACACCCUUGGUGCCUUAAAGAAACAUUUUCGCCUUGGCAGUGAAGCUAUGCACAAGAAGCUCUGUCUUUUGUUUAAAUGUUUCCUGUAUCAUGUCAAAUUUCUCUCUAAAUGUAUUUAUUAAAUGUCCAAGUAAACAAUUUUUUUAGCAAA